UUGAUAAAAUUAGGUUGUUCCCUGGAAAACAAAGAGGCUGCAAUGUCAAAUCGGAAUGAUACCGUAAUCAGUAGGCCGCAUUUCCACGAAAAGAGAGCUUCCUGAAUUUAUUACCGAGCUUUUGUGCGAAUAUUCUGCUUUUCCGGUGUUCGUUGAACAAAUAUCGAUGUCAACAUAUCCACGGGAAAACGAGAAUAAUAAGGGUUACCUCCGUUCAGUUAUGGCCGAUCCACUGCUUGCGAAACCCGGUGUUCGCAUUCUUUCAUAAAUCAAUUUGAAAUGCUAUUUUGCGGUAUGUCUCUUACCUUUUUUUUUUCAAGAACAUGCAAGCAUUUUGUUCGAAAUUAAAAUAAUUUCUUACGCUCAAUUAUGUAACUUAAUGCUAUAACUCAGAAUGUAUUUUUUACUAUGUGUAAAAUAUUUUCUAACCAAUGGACUAAAUUUCAUUUUGAUAAAAUUGGAUUAUCAAACUUCACUUAUGUCUUCGCUCUAAGGGUCAAUGGCAUUUUGCUUUGUUCAUCGACUGUGUGACCUGUCUUGUGAUUUGUUGAAUAUCACAAAUAGCUGUUCUAAGUUUGAUAUUUUAAUUAAUAACCGUUGGCUGAAAUGGAUAUCGGAAUUUUUGUCCUGGUUUUUGCUUAUUUCAUUAAAGCAACAAAUGGCUUGCAUGUUUCAUUUGAACCACCGUUCGUAGAAGACCUGCACAUGGGUAGUUCUAUCAACGUCAGUGUGGUAAUGACAGAGUUUGACUUUCACGAAUAUAAGAAUCUAACAACAGCUGCUGAACCUCAAGAUAUUCUACAAGCUCGUCUAUUUGAAGAUUCUUUCACGUGCGAUGACGUCUUUUGCAAUGGUACAAUUGAAGUGCGAGGCCGCUUUUUGGGAUUUGGCAGCGUGUUUUUGUUGCUGAAAAACUCAACUUCAUGGAACCGAUUGUCUCCAUCAUUGCCUGUUACGGUUCUCAGGGAAGACAAAAUUCUCAAUAAAAUCUUCAUAGCAUUCGUAGCAGUGGUGGUGUCGAUUAAUUACAUCAAUAUGGGAUGUGCUUUAGAUAUCACCGUAGUUAAGAAUGUUCUAAAGAGACCUGUAGGACCUGCUGUAGGACUGGUAUGCCAGUUCGUCGUAAUGCCUCUGGUGUCUUAUGGCGUCGGCCUUCUUUUAUUCGAUGACCCUGUCCUUCGCCUAGGCCUUUUCACCUUCGGUAGCAGUCCAGGAGGAGGGGCCAGUAAUAUGUGGACUCUCUUGCUGGGCGGGAAUUUGAACUUGAGCAUUGCAAUGACAUUUCUUAGUACUCUUGCAGCCUUUGGCACUCUUCCACUGUGGCUAUUUACAUUAGGAAAGACCAUUGUGGAGGGCAGCACUAUUAAAAUUCCUUUUACCAAUAUUCUUACAUCUCUGGCAUCACUCGCCGUUCCCAUCGGAGUAGGACUUCUUGUUCAGAGGUACCUUCCGAAACUAGCAGCUGUCUCAAAGAAGAUCCUAGCACCCGUCAGCAUCGUCAUCAUCAUCUGCAUCAUCAUUUUGGCUUCCGUGGCCAAUACUUAUAUUUUCUUCCUGCUAAGUUGGCCAAUCAUCUUCGCCGCCAGCCUCAGCGUUUGGUCAGGGUUCCUGGCUGGCAUUCUGGUGUCCUUCGCUUUUCGCUUUCCCCAGGAAGAUAUGAUCGCUGUUGCCGUGGAAACUGGAAUCCAGAACACUGGGAUAGCUUUCUUGAUGCUCAGUUAUUCCUUGAAACCACCUGUGUCGGAUAUAGCUGCCGUAGUGCCCGUGGCAGGUUCCAUCAUCACGCCAUUGCCGCUCUUCGUUAUUUAUUGUGUUCAAAAGAUUAGGAAUUGUUGCUUCAGAAGUGAUACGUUCGAACUGCAGUCUAUCCAUUCCAAGAAGGAGGAGUAUGAUUCCACGAACAAAGGGAUGGAAAAUAUGGCAGCUGAUUCUGAUGUUAACUAUUAGACAACUUUUAUGUACCAAUUUAAUAAAUUUUGGA